AUGGAAAGCGUCUACGUACCGCCACACCUUCGGAAGAAGGUUGAGCCCACAGCGGUAUCAGACGUGCCCACGACACCCGUCGCAAUACCAUCAGCAGUGCCCAGCUGGAAGUUCCAAGAACGGUUCGAUGACGACUUGUACACCGUCCAGGAAAUCCACAACUACUUCUGGGGAGAGGGUGCCGUCACCGAAGAUGCGCAUAACGCUACCCUCCAUUCCUCCGCGACAAACCCGAACGGUCUAUCGUGGGUGCUGUUGUUCAAUGGCGCGAACCCGAAGUGGGAUGAGGACGGAGUUAUAUUCGUCAAGAGCAACCUGAACCUUCUCACGGUAGCCACACCUCCUUCCGAGCCUAAAACAGUAAUCACCGUCGCAGUACCCGCCCAACGACUAGACGAGCCUGGUGAGGACGGAGGUGUCAUGCUACCAACGAGCAGCGAAGUCGCAGAUGAGGAUUACGAGGAGGGCUCAUCGAGUGGAACACCGGAGCCCACCACCACUGAGCCGCUAUCAGAUCACCCCAACGAGAGAGUUCUCAUCGACUACUCUCCAAUCGCCGUCUUUUCUCAGGUCGUCCGACGUGAUAGCCGACCCUUCAAGUUCAUCGGAUGGUACGAGAUAGAACACUUACAAAUACUCGAGCCUGGUUCCCAAGGGCUGCUUCACAUGUUGUGGGACAAGUGGAACCCGAAGGACAAACACGGCAACUAUGUACCAAGACAGCGAGGCUCCGUCAAUUUGAUGAAGAGCAUGUCUUACUCGUGGGCUGUUGUCCAGAUGAAGAAAGACGAAGAAGCUAUGGAGAACAAGGGCGAACCGAAGAUUGAAAGAAUGGGAAAUACCGAAGAUAUGACAGGAGAUAGCGAGGGACAGAGCGUCAAUGAGAUGCUUGCCCAGAUGAGGCUCGAAGGCGAAGGCAACGUGGUGGCGCCCGAGGAAGGGGAGACCUGA